UGAUGACACAUUGAGCAAAGCGUCUGAAAAGGGUUUAAAUGGUUCACAUAUAGCUGUAUGACUGCUCCUUUUGGCCAGGCAAGGUGCGGGACGUUAUUAAGAGCGUUUUGAGUUAGCGCAGUUUAUCUCGUGAUUUCUCGCUAUAACUAUCCCUAAACAUCAUCACACGUCCUUUCUAGUUCAAUGUACACAUUCCCGUAUGAAAUAAAACUGAGAUAGGGCCCAGUAUAGCAUAGCCGCACUACUACACCUCCCAACGUCACCCAUCCUCAGAGUUACGCACGGGGAGCCUUGAGUUUUUCCACUUCCAGCCUGACAUUCUUUUGAGAUACUGGGUUGGAUACUAAAUCCUUAACUCGUUACUGAGAGAAGGAAAGAUGCUGCAUCAGGUGGGUGGCGUGCGUGUGGCCCUGAGCCUGCUCAUGGUGCGGAGGGCGUGCUGCCAUGCCCGCGGCGCCCACAACUCCCCUCAGGCGCGAGAGUACAAGCCCAUCAAGAAGGUCAUGGUGGCCAACAGAGGUGAGAUAGCCAUCCGUGUGUUCCGGGCGUGUACGGAGCUGGGCAUCCGUACGGUGGCGGUGUACUCGGAGCAGGACACGGGGCAGAUGCACCGGCAGAAGGCUGACGAGGCCUACCUCAUCGGCAGGGGCCUGCCCCCCGUCGCCGCCUACCUGCACAUCCCAGACAUCAUCAAAGUGGCCAAGGAGAACAAUGUGGACGCUAUCCACCCAGGUUAUGGGUUCCUGUCGGAACGCUCUGACUUUGCUCAGGCGUGUGCUGACGCCGGCAUCCGCUUUAUAGGCCCCCCCCCUGAGAUCGUACGGAAGAUGGGCGACAAGGUGGAGGCGCGAGCCAUUGCCAUCCGUGCAGGCGUGCCGGUGGUGCCAGGCACAGACGCCCCUAUCUCCUCUAUUUCGGAGGCUAAGGUGUUCUCCAACACCUACGGCUUCCCUAUCAUCUUCAAGGCCGCCUACGGGGGAGGGGGCAGAGGGAUGAGGGUGGUGCACGAGUAUGAGGAGUUGGAGGAAAACUACCAGCGGGCGUACUCGGAAGCGCUGGCGGCGUUUGGAAACGGUGCUCUGUUUGUGGAGAAGUACCUCGAGAAGCCGCGCCACAUCGAAGUUCAGAUCCUGGGUGAUAAGUAUGGGAAUGUGAUCCACCUCUAUGAGAGGGACUGCUCCAUCCAGAGGCGGCACCAGAAGGUGGUGGAGAUCGCCCCGGCAGUGCAGCUGGACCCUCACCUCAGGGACCGGCUCACCGCAGACUCCGUCAACCUGGCAAAACUGGUGGGCUAUGAAAACGCAGGCACCGUGGAGUUCCUUGUGGACAAGCACGGCAAGCACUACUUCAUCGAGGUCAACUCCCGCCUGCAAGUGGAACACACGGUUACCGAGGAAGUCACAGAUGUUGAUCUGGUCCAUGCCCAGCUGCGUGUGUGUGAGGGCCGCAGUCUCCCAGAGCUGGGUCUCAAACAGGAUAAGAUCCGGAUCAACGGUUCGGCCAUCCAGUGCCGGGUCACCACCGAAGACCCGGCCCGUGGGUUCCAGCCUGACACAGGACGCCUGGAGGUGUUCCGGAGUGGUGAGGGAAUGGGCAUUCGUCUGGACAGUGCGUCUGCGUUCCAGGGCGCGGUGAUCUCUCCGCACUACGACUCUCUGCUGGUGAAGGUCAUCUCCAGCGGGAAGGACCUGCCUGCCGCCGCCGCCAAGAUGAGCCGCGCGCUCGCCGAGUUCCGCGUGCGCGGUGUCAAGACCAACAUCCCAUUCCUUCAGAAUGUGUUGAGCAAUGAUCAGUUCCUUUACGGAACCGUGGACACCCAGUUCAUCGACGAGAACCCAGACCUGUUCAACCUGAAGCCAGUGCAGAACCGGGCUCAGAAACUGCUGCACUAUCUGGGUCAUGUGAUGGUGAACGGCCCCACCACACCAAUCCCCGUCAAGGCCAAGCCAUCUUCCAUCGAUCCAGUCAUCCCCCUGGUGCCCAUGGGCGAGCCGCCGGUGGGCUUCCGUGAUGUGCUGCUGCGCGAGGGCCCUGAGGGUUUUGCCCGUGCGGUGCGCGCCCACCCCGGGCUCCUGCUCAUGGACACCACCUUCAGGGAUGCCCACCAGUCCCUGCUGGCCACCCGCGUCCGCACGCACGACCUCAAGCAGAUCGCCCCCUUCGUCUCACACAACUUCAACAACCUCUUCAGCGUGGAGAACUGGGGCGGUGCCACAUUUGACGUGGCGAUGCGUUUCCUGUGUGAGUGUCCAUGGAAACGCCUGCAGGAGUUGAGGACGCUGAUGCCCAACGUGCCCUUCCAGAUGCUGCUGCGCGGAGCCAACGCUGUGGGAUACACCAACUACCCUGAUAACGCUGUCCACAAGUUCUGCGAGGUGGCCAAGGAGAACGGCAUGGACAUCUUCCGCGUGUUCGACUCGCUCAACUACCUUCCCAACAUGCUCCUGGGCAUGGAGGCUGCUGGGGCGGCGGGCGGCGUGGUGGAGGCGGCCAUCUCGUACACGGGUGACGUGGCCGACCCCAUGAGGCAGAAGUACUCGCUCGACUACUACCUCAACCUGGCCGACGAGCUGGUCAAGGCCGGAACACACAUACUUUGCAUCAAGGAUAUGGCAGGACUCUUGAAGCCCGAGGGCAGCCGCAUCCUGAUUGGUGCGUUGCGCGACCGCUUCCCCGAGAUGCCUAUCCAUGUGCACACCCAUGACACGGCGGGGGCUGGUGUGGCGGCCAUGUUGGCGUGUGCAGAGGCGGGAGCUGACAUCGUGGACGUCGCCGUGGACUCCAUGUCUGGCAUGACGUCACAGCCCAGCAUGGGUGCCAUCGUGGCCUGCACCAAUGGCACCAAACUCAACACCGGUAUCUCUCUGGAUAAGGUGUAUGACUACAGUGAGUACUGGGAGGUGACUCGCGGCCUGUACGCCUGCUUCGACUGCACGGCCACCAUGAAGUCGGGCAACUCCGACGUGUACGAGAACGAGAUCCCCGGCGGUCAGUACACCAACCUGCAUUUCCAGGCCCACAGCAUGGGUCUGGGCAACAAGUUCAAGGAGGUCAAGAAGUCCUACACCGAGGCCAACAAGCUCCUGGGGGACCUCAUCAAGGUGACCCCGUCCUCUAAGAUCGUGGGAGAUCUGGCCCAGUUCAUGGUGCAGAACUCGCUGACCCGUGCGGAGGUGGAGGAGCGGGCCGACGAGCUGUCCUUCCCGCUGUCUGUGGUCGAGUUCCUGCAGGGACACAUUGGCAUCCCACACGGAGGGUUCCCCGAGCCCUUCAGGUCCAAGGUGCUGAAGAACCUAUCCCGUGUGGAUGGUCGCCCCGGUGCCUCUUUGCCCGCGAUGGACUUCGAGGCCAUGGAGAAGCAGCUCCGCGAGACUCACGAUGAUGACAUCACCCCCGAGGACGUCAUGUCGGCCGCCAUGUACCCCAAAGUGUUCCAGGAGUUCCGCGAGUUCACCAAGAACUUUGGGCCCGUGGACUGCCUCAACACGCGCCUGUUCCUGGACGGACCUAAGAUCGCAGAGGAGUUUGAGGUGGAGCUGGAGCGGGGGAAGACCCUGCACAUUAAGGCUCUGGCGCUGGGGGACCUGAAUAAGGCGGGCCAGAGGGAGGUGUUCUUCGAGCUCAACGGCCAGCUGCGAUCAGUGCUGGUCAAGGAUACGGUGGCCAUGAAGGAGAUGCACUUCCACCCGAAGGCGCUGAAGGACGUGCGCGGCCAGGUGGGGGCGCCCAUGCCGGGCAAGGUGGUGGAGGUGCGGGUGAAGCAGGGCGACCAGGUGGAGAAGGGCCAGCCCCUGUGCGUGCUCAGCGCCAUGAAGAUGGAGACAGUGGUCAACUCGCCCAUCGCCGGCACCAUCACCAAGCUCUACGUCAGCGCCGACUCCAGUCUGGAGGGAGACGACCUCAUCAUGGAGAUCACAGAGUAGAGGCCGGCGCGGGCCGGAGGAGGAGGGGGGGUCGGGCGACUGGACGUGUGUGGGGGCCGUCAGAACCACGUCAUCACGACAUCAUGCCAGUGUUAUGAUGUUGUCAUGACAUUGUUAUGACAACAUGAUGUUUCAGAGACAUUCCCACCCAUCACUGCCACCACACUCCUCCCCAUUUGCUCCUGACCAAUGCAGUUAGGGUUAGAGAGAGAGGAGAGAGUAGACGGAUGUAUUUUUGUAGAAGCACUGUAUAAAAGAUGAAAUCUAUGAGCGUAGGUAUUAACCACAUUAACCAGGACUCUGAGGGUAACACUGUGCGUGUGCUGGAGCUGGAGCUUCCUGUUGCAUUUGCACUCAUUGUGAGGUAUCUGAUCUUCUUCUAGCGUUUAGUGUAUCUAUCUGGUGUAGAUCUGUCGUUUAGUGUAUCUAUCUGGUGUAGAUCUGUCGUGUGCUCGUGCCUGACAGCUGUGGAACCCAGGCUGUCAUAAUGACUAAUUAGCAAUAUUAGCAGUAGCAGUUUAGAGAUGUCAUAGGCUUUGCUUGUUGUGCUACUCCUAAAUGUUCUUACUAAGUGGCAAAGAUAGCGGCCAAUGUGCUAACAUUGGAUUGUCAUCUCAAACUUAACAUCACUUAACGUCACGUUUUUAAAUUUUCUUCAAGGUUAACUCUGACGGGCAGUUUGAAAUGUAACAGUAGGGUUAAUCUAGGGUAUAGAGCACAGUUCUCCAUCCUAACCACCCCCCCACCCCCCCCUUAACCCCCCACACCCCCACCCCACCGUUAGUUAGAGCACAUGUUGGUUAUCCUCUCAGUCUUAAUGCAGUUUCAGAGGUUACAAUGAUCUAAAGAAUGACCUAAAAUCACUUUCCCUGACACAAAUGUCAUUGCGCUUUGGAAAACGCUGGAUGUGCUGCGAGUUUUGAUCCGUUGCCUUGUACACACUUUUUUGUUUGUUUGUUUGUUUGUUUGUUUCAGCCCUUGAUUGUGAAUCUCAGACCAACUGUGACAACUGGAAAUCUGAGUUGGAAAUAUCUCCUCCCAGAAAGUAGCUGAUACUGUACAGGAUUUGGCCCAGGUCUGGCUCAGUUUUGGCCCAGAGCCGGCUUGUGUCUGGGUAGGGAAGGGUAUGUGUGUGCGGUGUAUGGGACUGUACUGGUUGUGAUGAGUGAGUGUGUGUGUGUGUGUGUGUGUGUGUUGUGAUCUGGGACCAUUAAGAAGCCCAUUGAGGCCUUAGUACAUUCAGUCAGGUUGUGUUCCUCGGAAAUUGUUUGUUUUUAUUUCUCUUCUUUUUUUUUUUUUUUUUUUUUUUUUUUUUAAAUGUCGCCUGAAAUGUUAACACAACACAACACAUCUGUCUCACAUUCCUUUCAGAUGCAGAAGUAUUCCUGAGGUAGAUCUCUAAAACAGCGUCUGAGUUUAAUUUCUUUGUUCCUUGUGUGUCAUGGUCGUGUAAGGUCACAGGUGGUGUUAGUGGGGAGUA